CGCACUAGAGCUCUUGCAAGGAAAAUGGCUGACGAAGCUAAUUUAGAGAAGGUAGCUCUGGAAAAUCGUGUGGAAAAUAUGGAAAAUACUUUGAAGGAAUUGAUGGCUUCCUUUCAAUCUCUUCAAGCAACCUUAGUCACAAAGGCACCUCUGACAACAAAUCCUUUAUUUGAAGGAAAUGUUCCGGUGGCAAAUCUCUCUGUAGCCACAUCUGCUUUAACUCUUGGGAAGGAGCCUAUGUCAUCUGGCCCUCCUGAUCCAAUUAUUGGUGGAACUUCUGGGACAAAACCAUUUGUUCUAAAUGCUGGUGUUGCUACAAUUCAGUCUAAUGGUCAAGAAGAGAUUCAAGUUGUCAAGUCAAUCACAGAGGAUGAAGACAAGGCAAUUAAAGCAAAGGUGCAGUUGAUGGAAGAAACACUAAAAUCGAUGCAAGGUGUCCAAACCAAUAAACCGGUUGACAUCUCAUCCUUGUGCUUUUUCCCAAACAUUCAACUGCCCCAUAAGUUUAAAUUGCCUGAGUUUGAUAAGUACAAUGGCACUGGUUGUCCUUAUGCCCACUUGACAAUGUAUUGUAGGAAGAUGACUCCUUAUGCCAAUGAUGAGAAGCUAAUGAUACAUUACUUUCAAGACAGUCUGACAGGUCCUGCAGAUGCUUGGUUCUCUACUUUAGACAAAAGUAAGGUCAAAAGUUGGCAUGAUUUGACUUACAAUUUUAUGAAGCAGUAUGAAUACAAUACAUCCCUAGCUCCUAGUAGAGAAGAUCUUCAAAGAACAGAGAAGAAAUCAAGUGAAAGCUUUAAGGAAUUUGCUCAAAGAUGGCGUGGAUUGGCUGCUCGAGUUCAACCGCCACUAACUGAUCAUGAACUGAGUAAUUUAUUCAUUAAAUCAACUAAAGGGCCUUAUCGAGAAAAGUUGAUGACUUGUGUAAAUUACACUUUCACUCAGUUGGUUAUCGUAGGAGAGCAAGUGGAAGAUGGAAUCAAGUCAGGGAUUAUUAUUGAUUAUCAGGCAAUAAAGAGUCUCCUUGAACAAUACCACAAUGGUAGUUCAGGGAUUUCUAGUUCAAGGAAAGUGGGUCAGAAUCGAAAGAAGGAAAAUGACACUGGCACCGUUAGCUCAGUUUAUGAGACGUAUGGGAGAAAUAAUCAGCCACGUCCUCGAGGGCAAUUCAAUAAUUCUUUCCAAGCUCCAGCUUAUCAACCACCAAUUUUUACAAGUCAGCCAAGGCCACUCUAUGCCUCUGGGAUCAAUCGUCCACAACAAGAAAGAGUGAGACGACAUUUCAACAAACUUCCUUUGUCAUACACUGAAGUGUUUCAACAAUUGGUAGCAGUUGGUCUUGUUACACCCGUACCUAUGGUGCCAUUAAAUCCACCAUUUCCAACAUGGUAUAACCCACAAGCAAGAUGUGAAUACCAUAGUGGAGGUGUUGGACAUGACCUUGAAAAUUGUCUUGCUUUAAAGCACCGUAUCCAAGAUCUGAUAGAUGCAAAGGAGUUACAGAUUGCAUCAGAACCAAAGGUUGUUGGUCCGAAUAUCACUAAAAACCCCCUACCAACACAGGAUAGUUCAACGGUCAAUAUGAUCGAGAAGGAUUUUGAGGAAGGUCAAGAGGUGGCUGCAGUUACUCUCACCAAUCAAGUUUCAUCAACUCCUAGACAGCCUUUAAUAUUGAAGGGACCAACGCUUACAGUUCCACUCAAAGAAGGUGUAAAGCUUGAAGGGCUGAGAUGAAGAACUAGCAAAACAACGUCGUUUUGCCUGUAAGUUGAAAUAAAGCCCAGGGUUCUGUCGAACCCUAGCUUCCCAAAAUCUCAUUUCUUCCUUUUGCCGCCGACCAUCUCUAAGAUUUCACAAAAUUCUUCUUAUCCAUUCAAAGUUUGGAUAGCCCACAACAACACAAGAAGAGAUUUUCGGAUUUGAAGUUCUUAUCAAGAGUCGCAGAGGAUUUUCGAAGUCGAUUCAAAUUGGGAAUCCUAAUAUUUUAAAGGUAUGAAUCUAGCCUUAAAAAAGGGAAGAUGUGUAAAGGCUAGGGUAAUUUUAGGAUUCCAAUUUCAAAUAGGAUUAGAUUAUUAUCUGUAAUUUUGGGGAUUGGGAUUAGAAUUGAGAGUUAGAAAAAGGGUUGGAGUCCUCUCUAUUUCUGUAUAAAUAGGGGGGCACCUUCGGCUUGAAAAAAAAAAAAAAGAUUGGGGGAAGGAAGAGAGAUCCGAGAGUUGAGAGGGAGAAAGGGAGCGAAUCGAAAAAAAAGAAAAAGGAGAAGAAGCCGAGAGAAAGCAAAGAAGAAAAGUAGAACAGAGGUGAAGUAGCUGCAGGGGUUAGCGAAGAGGAAGCUUGUAUUUAGGAUUUCACAAAACAAUAAAGCAUUAAAUUUUGCAGCUCCUUACAGGUGUGAAAUUUAUUUUAUUUUACUACUUUUUUUCCCCUUUUACAUAUUCUGCAGCAUGGGUAAUCUUGUGUGAUUCAAGUAUCUCUUCUAUUAUUCGUUCUGGAAAUCGGAUGUGGUGAAAUUUUUGUUGCAAUGAAUCUUUUAUUUGAUGUAUUAUUCUUUUGUGGAAUUAACUUGUAUGAAUUAAUUAGGUGUUUGAGGGAUAAGACAAAGAUUUAGGAUGAAAUUUGUUUUUAUGAUUACAUGUUGGAAACCUCAAAUGAUGUGCAAAAUUGGGGAAAAGAAAUUUAUUUUAGGGAA